AGCCAGCAGCAUAAAGUACAGCGGUUACCCUAGAAGUCCAAACGAUUUGAAAAAUGGCGGCCAAAUCAGAUGAGAAUGUUUAUUGGAAAUUAUUGCUAGGUAUAUAACUUUAUUCGACACAAAAUGCACAAAUAAUGCUACUAAAUUGCUGCAAAUGAUAAAAUGCCACCAGGAGAGCAGAUUUUACUCGUUGUUAACAUUGUUGAAGGAAGAAGAUUCCCUAAACGGCCACGACACAAGCUUAUCGUCGAGACUAAGUUUGAUGGCGAGACACUAUCAACUGAUCCUAUUGAUCAUUUGGAAAGUCCAGACUUUCAAACAGAGCUGGCAUGGGAACUUGACAGAAAACUAUUGCACCGGCAUCGCAUGCAAAGAACUCCCAUUAAAGUCCAGUGCUAUGCUCUUGAUGCCCUGACCUCACAGAAGGAACCUAUAGGAUAUGUGAUACUGGACUUGCGUACUGCACAGCAGAAACCACAGAGACCACAUUGGUAUCCACUACUCAGUUCAAAAUACCAGCGAAUGAAGCCUGAAAUCAAACUCAUGCUUUCAAUUGAGGACGAGUCUCAACCAAAACCUCCAACAUCACCAGCAGCAAAACAACAACAAGAGAAAAAGGAACAGAAUGUUCCAGCUGCAACUGAAAUGGACAUUGGUACACUUCAAGCUGUUCUGAACAAUGACGAGGGCUUCUAUGAGAUAGGCCCACAGGGGACCCCUAUCAAUGAUGUUUUUGUUAUGUCAGUUAUCAUUGGUCUGGCAUCCAACUUGGCUAAGCUAGUCCCAUCUUCUUUCUCACUACCUGACCCCAAGCUGGGUGGGGGUUUCUAUUUCUAUUACUCCCUGCUGGGUAAUGAUGUCACGAAUGAAGCCUUCUUUGACCUGUUGAACCCCAACUUUCCUCCUGAGAGGGCAUCAGUGCGCAUUAAUGCUACAUUGCCAGCACUGAAGGCAUUUCUAUCUUCACACUCAGGUUUACAGGUCCAUCUGUGUUGUGGAGACCAGUCACUUGGUAUGGCUGUAGUUUCCCUCCAAGCUCUUCUGCCUGAAGAUGCUCAAUCCCUUGAGAAUCCCGUAAACCUUGAGGGGCUGUUUAACCUCAAGCCCAUGGGCGUGGCCCAGGGGGUGUCUUCCGAGCACUCACCUGCAGUGGGUGUUACUGUGACAUUAAGAAGGGAGGAGCAACCGGUCAAUACUGGCACAAUAGGUGUCCCAUCACCUGCUAAACAAAGACAGUAUGAAAUAACUCCUCGUAAACCAAACCUUCCUCAGACACACACACCUCAGUCCAGACGGCCAGAGGAACCACAAGACAUCCAGCCCCCCAUGGCACCAGAGACCCCUGGCACCCCACCACGCCCUAGCACAAGUACCCCAGACAAGGGACUUCACAGGCGCAACGAACCUGAGCCUUUACCUAUAAAGACCAAAAAGUCUCCUCACAAGCCGCACAAGACAAAAGGGCAGCCCACCCCUACUGUGACAUCACUAGGCCCCAGGACCUUGGAUACUCAUCAUUACUGCUUCUCCGUCGAUCUCCGUUCAGUGCACGACUUGGAUGUCAAUGCUCCGAUCAACUGCUUUCUCAGAUACACGUACCCGUUUUUCGGGAGUGCCGCACCUGUGAUGACGAGUCCUCCUGUGGAAGUUUCUCGACACAUGCAGGUGUUGAUGCCCAAGUCGUUCUGCGCCUUUGACUUUGCGUCCACUCAGGGCUUGCUGCAAGAAACAUUCAUGAGUAUCCCCCUCGUGGUAGAGGUAUGGCACAGGGAUAAAAUGGCGGGGAAUGUCAUGCUUGGCUCGUCCAUAGUCCCUCUCGGACACAUACUUGCCGCCGAUCGAGCACGAAUGGUGACCGGCGGCGUCACCGGCUACAGACAAAUCUACAGCGAGAGAAUCGCCAUCUUCGCUGCUCACGAGCCCUCGCGGAGGAUAGGGGAGCUUCACGUCGUGCUGGGACUUGAGGACUUGGGCCCAGUCUCCCAACAGCAGCUGAUUGCCGCCUCCAGGGCUCAACAGGUCGCUCAGAGUGAAACGUCAUCUGCGGAAGACACAAGUCGUGGCUCCAUAGCCGUACAGCUCGCGCAGCCCCAGCGGAUCCCGCCCCAGCCAUCUGCGCCCCCGCCAAUAACGGACCCCCGUGAGACGGCCGAGUACAAGGCAGCGAUGGAACUCGAGAUGUGGAAGGACCAACAGGAGGAGCUCUUUCAAGCGCUUCUUCAACAGAAAGAGGCUUCUCAUAUGAAGGUUUUAGCAGAAGAGUGGAAAAGACGAGACAAGGAACGGGAGAUUCUUGUUACAAAAAAGAUUGAAGAGUAUUCCCAGUUGGAGGAAAAGUUAAAGCAAUCCAUGGCUGAUCUCGAGAAACGUGAGCGACUUCUGUCGGACAAUGAGGCUAAGGUUAUGCGCCUAAAGGAGGAGCUCCAGCGAGAUCACGAGCGCAAGAUGACAGAACUCAAAGAAGCCGCGCGCAGAAUGAAGGAGGACUGUGCCCAUCAGGUAGAAAUGGAGAGGUCUAAAGUGCGAGAUCUUGAGCAGCAAAAGCAACGUCUGGUUGAGCAGUUGUACGCUGCCGAGAAACGCUACCAAGACAAGGAAAAUGAAUUUAUGACUCACAAGGAGAGAGAGCUGUCCAAACCCGAGGUCAAGCUACAGUCUGAACUUGACUUUUUGAGGGUAGAAAAGGCUGAGCUAGAGCGCAAGCUUGAGUCGUCCAACAAGUCCAAGAUCCACUACAAGCAGCAAUGGGGCCGCGCCUUGAGGGAGGUGGCCAAGAUCAAGCAGCAGGAGCAGACAGUCGCACGUGCACGUCUGAAGAAACAGGAGCAGGAGCUGGAGCACAUGCGCCUACGGUACUUAGCCGCUGAGGAGAAAGAGGUUGUAAAAGCAACUGAAAAAGAAGAACUUGAAGAAAUAAAGCAGGAGUUAUCAAGGCUCAGGCAACAGGAACUUGAAAAACAAAAACUCUCCGAGAGCCUGGGCGCUAGAUCAGUACCAACCGUGCGCCAGGGACUUGGGUCGAGUGACGUAGGAAGGUCACCAAUGACGUCACACAAUGAAGUCGACGAGGAUAUUGAUCAUCGUAUCGCUAAGCUUAUCGAAGAACGCGAUACUUUACUACAGACAGGCGUAUACACGACAGAUGAUAGGAUAAUAGCCGAACUGGACCGACAGAUACGAGACGCGAUCGCCAGUAAAGGAUAGCGCGAACACUAUUCGGAGCUUUAUAGCGACUUGAUCAGUCUUUCACUUAUUCUUGCUUUUUUUUUCUAUUUACGAAUAUAACUACAAAACACUCUUCCAGAAACACAGCUUUUACCUUAGACUUACCAAACUCAACCUUUGAAAGGAUUUUUUUUUAAUCUAUGGAAAGGUUUUUAUAAGGCUUCUAGGAGAACAAAAUGAUGGCUGAAUGUCUCUGUAUAUGUACCAGCCUAGGCAUAACAGGAUUCCUGCCCCUGGAGAUAACGGUGAGGCAGCUUGGGGUCUGGGCCGUGCUCGGCAAUGGUUUCCUUUGACGUCACAAUUCUUAGCAACCGCAGAAAGCCCAUCAGAAACCCGAUAGCAUGCAUAUGACUAGGUUGUUAUGCACAAGUCUUUUUCGCGGAAGAGGGAAAAUGGGGAGGUUUGCGCUCUGUAACGGCUCUGCAUAAUUUAUUACUCCCUUUUACUUUUUUUUCGUCUUUUAUUGGGUGUCAACGGUUUUAGAAUGUUUAUUUGUACAUAGAAACCAUGAUGUAAAAGCAGAUCUCUACGUCGUACGUAUGAAAAAGAUAUUAUUUAGAAUUCCUGGAAAAAAGAUUACUCACCUUGUAUUAUAUGUUUAACCACGCCAAUAAGGCAAAACACACGACAAUAAAAUAAUUGUUUUCUAGCAAA